GAUACCACCGACUGUAAACAUGGCGGCGUACACAGCCAGAAGUCUGUGCUAUGCGUUUCCUUACUGAAGUCUGUAGUAACUCAUCGUCAUUACAUCAUGGAGACAGAAGAGGAGCAUAUGACAACGCUGCUAUGUAUGGGCUUUCCAGACCCCAAUGCCAUAAGGAAGGCUCUUCGUCUGGCCAAAAACGAUAUUAACGAAGCUGUAGCUCUCCUCACAAACGAAAGCCCCGGACUCGGCUACGGAUAUGAGCCGAUGGACAGUGGGCCUGCCCCGGGCUCCGGACCCGGUGGAGAUGGCGAAAGUAGCGGGCGAACUGGAACUGGGUUUGAUCCACCGCCUGCUUAUCACGAUGUCGUGGAAAGUGAGAGGAGUAAUGAUGAAAAUGGGAACUGCUCUGGAGGCAGCAUGGAGUUUCCCACCACUAACCUUUAUGAACUGGAGAGCAGGGUAUUCACUGACCACUGGUCCAUUCCCUAUAAGAGAGAAGAAUCAUUGGGCAAGUGCCUCAUCGCCUCUGCCAACCUGGCAAGACUCGGCUUGGCUGAUGCAGAUGAGAACUGCAAGAGGUUCAUGGACAGAUGCAUGCCAGAGGCCUUUAAAAAGUUACUGACAUCAAGUGCUGUGCAUAAGUGGGGGACGGAGAUCCAUGAAGGUAUUUAUAAUAUGCUGAUGCUGCUGGUUGAGUUGGUGGCAGAAAGAGUCAAACAGGAUCCCAUACCUAUUGGCCUUAUGGGAGUACUAACUAUGGCUUUUAACCCAGAUAAUGAGUACCAUUUUAAAAACCGUAUGAAGGCCUGUCAGAGGAACUGGGUGGAAGUGUUUGGUGAAGAUAGCAUGUUUGCCAUCUCUCCCAGCUCUAGCUACCAGAAGGAACCACAUGGGUGGCUGGUAGACCUUGUGAAUCGGUUUGGAGAGAUGGGAGGUUUCUCAGCCAUCCAGAGUAAACUGAACCAAGAAGAGAUGGAAAUUGGGUGUGUGUCAGCCUUAGUGCAGCCACUUGGUGUGUGUGCUGAGUACCUCAAUUCCAGCCUCGUCCAGCCUAUGCUGGACCCAGUCAUUCACAAGAUGAUCACAUAUGUGCAGAACCUGGAAGAAAAAGACUUAAAGGACAAGCGGCUGGUGAGCAUUCCAGAGCUGCUGUCGGCCAUAAAGCUGCUGUGUAUGCGUUUCCAGCGAGAGCUGGUGACUGUUGUGGACGACCUCAGAUUGGACAUUCUGCUGCGCAUGCUGAGGACACCACACUUUAGUGCCAAGAUGAACUCCCUCAAAGAGGUCACUAAACUGAUUGAGGAGAGCACAGUGUCUAAGACAGUUAAGAAUGCCAUCGACACAGACCGGCUCCUGGACUGGCUGGUCGAAAACUCAGUGCUCUCAAUAGCCCUGGAAGGGAAUAUUGACCAGGCGCAGUACUGUGAUAGGAUAAAGGGAAUUAUUGAACUGUUGGGUAGUAAACUCUCUUUGGAUGAGCUCUCCAAGAUCUGGAAAAUACAGUCCGGUCAGUCCUCCACUGUGAUAGAAAAUAUUCACACCAUCAUUGCUGCUGCGGCUGUCAAGUUUAACUUUGAGCAGCUCAGUCACCUCUUUGUGCUCAUACAGAAGAGUUGGGAGGUGGAGAGUGAUCGUGUAAGACAGAAACUGCUGAGUCUUAUUGGGAGGAUUGGCAGAGAAGCUCGCUCAGAGGCAACAAUGGGAAAGGUAUUGGAGGUGUUGUGGGAGUUAGCCCAUCUCCCCACAUUACCCACUACCUUGGUCCAGCAGGCUCUGGAGGAACACCUCACCAUCUUGAGUGAUGCCUACGCAGUGAAAGAGACAGUCAAGAAGAACUACAUCAUCAAAUGCAUAGAGGACAUCAAGAAGAUACAUGUACAGGAGGAGUCAAAGUCUUCCACCGAGACACAGGUCUCUUUUCUUACUGGCACCUGGGGCAAGAAGAAACCAAGCUCAUUGGUCAAAUCCUCCCAGCAGAGUAACCCGCAAACGGUAUGGGUCGUCCCAGCCUUACGGCAGCUGCAUGAAAUCACCCGCUCCUUCAUCAAGCAGACCUACCAGAAACAGGAUAAGAGCAUAAUCCAGGACUUGAAGAAAAACUUUGAGAUAGUGAAACUCAUCACAAGCUCUCUGGUGUCCUGUCAUCGAUUGGCUGUGUCAGUGGCAGGCACGGGCGGCCUCUCAGGGUCCACGCUGGUAGAUGGGCGCUACUCCUACCAGGAGUACCUGGAAGCUCAUCUGAAAUUCUUGGCAUUUUUCCUGCAAGAGGCUACUCUCUAUUUAGUAUGGAAUCGAGCUAAAGAGAUCUGGGAAUGUCUAGUAUCUGGUAUGGAUGUGUGUGAGCUCGACCGGGAGAUGUGCUUUGAAUGGUUCACUAAAGGACAGCAUGAUUUGGAGAGUGACGUUCAACAGCAGCUCUUCAAAGAGAAAAUCCUCAAACUUGAGCCUUAUGAGAUUACAAUGAACGGGUUUAAUCUUUUUAAGACCUUCUUCGAGAAUGUGAAUCUUUGUGACCAUCGUCUCAAACGGCAGGGAACUCAGCUGUGUGUAGAGCGUCUGGACUUGACUGGGAUGGACUUUAUCUGGAGAAUCGCUAUGGAGUCUCCAGAUGAGGAAAUCGCCAAUGAGGCCAUCCAGCUCAUAAUCACGUACAGCUAUAUUAACCUCAACCCCAAAAUGAAGAAGGAUUCAGUGUCCUUACAUAAGAAAUUCAUUGCUGAUUGUUAUAAGCGGUUAGAGGCUGCUAGUUCUGCUCUGGGCGGUCCAACCCUGACACAUGCUGUUACCCGGGCAACCAAGAUGCUGACAGCCACUGCCAUGCCAACAGUUGCCACCUCUGUACAAUCUCCAUCCAGGUCAACCAAGCUGGUAAUCAUUGAGAGAUUACUCUUAUUGGCUGAGAGAUACGUUAUCACGAUAGAGGAUCUAUACUCUGUACCUCGCACAAUUCUACCUCACGGAGCCUCUUUUAACGGCCACCCUGUUACCCUGCACAUCACCUACGAAUCAACCAAAGACACUUUCACCCUGGAGGCUCACAGUAAUGAGACCAUUGGGAGUAUCAGAUGGAAGAUUGCAGAGCAGCUUAGCUGUCCAGUGGACAAUGUCCAGAUAUUUGCCAAUGACAGCAUGCUGACAAUGAAUCGCGAUCAGAAGCUGUUGAACCAGCUGGGUUUCUCUGAUGAGCAGAGUCUGACGGUGAAGAGCUCAGGGACCGGCACCCCGUCUGGCAGCUCUGCAGACAGCUCGGCCUCUGCCAGCUCUAGCAGCAGUGGAGUGUUCAACUCUGCCUAUGCACUAGAGCAGGAGAAGUCGCUGCCUGGCGUUGUCAUGGCGUUGGUGUGCAACGUGUUUGAGAUGCUCUAUCAGCUUGCCAACCUGGAGGAGCCCAGGAUAACUCUGCGCGUACGGAAGCUCUUGCUACUCAUUCCGACAGAUCCGGAGGUGCAGGACGCCCUUGAUAACUUUGUGCCAAAAGAGUCCAGUGUUUGGAGUCAUCAGAAAACUCUCUUCACAUUGGGUUCAGGUUCACAGGCGUCUAAAUCUCCAUCUCUGUCCAGUAAGCAACAACAUCAGCAGAGUGCAGCAUCCAUCCUGGAAUCUCUGUUCCGUUCUUCUGCUCCGGGCAUGUCCACCUUCAGAGUGCUCUACAAUCUAGAGGUGUUGAGUUCUAAGCUGAUGCCCACAACAGAUGACGAGAUGGCUAAGACCAGCGUUAAGUCUUUCUGUGAAAAUUUCCUCAAGGCAGGAGGCCUCAGUCUGGUAGUUAAUGUAAUGCAAAGAGACUCCAUACCCUCUGAGGUGGACUAUGAGACCAGACAGGGAGUGUAUUCUAUUUGCCUACAACUGGCCAGGUUCCUGCUGGUAGGUCAGACCAUGCCCAGUGUUCUGGAUGAAGAACUGUGUAAGGAGGGUCUGGACACGCUGUCCUCUCGGCCCUUUCGCAAUGCAGGGCGACAGAGCGGCCGCCAGCUCUCCCUGUGUGGGACACCGGAAAAAUCCUCAUACAGGCAAAUGUCUGUGUCUGACCGUUCCUCUAUCAGAGUGGAGGAGAUCAUUCCAGCAGCCAGGGUGGCUAUACAGACCAUGGAGGUGAAUGACUUUACCUCCACGGUGGCCUGUUUCAUGCGCCUCACAUGGGCCGCAGCUGCUGGUCGAUUGGACCUGGUGGGAAGCAGCCAGCCAAUCAGAGAGAGCACUAGUUCCCUCCUACCUCUGGGGGUUCGCAGCAGGGUCAGCAGUACAGGCAGUAACUGUAGCUCCAGCAGUGAGGGGGAGGCAACUACACUGCAGGCUGGCAUCUGUGUCAAACAACAGUGUGUGUCGAUCAAAGACACCAUCAUCGCACGGGAAGCCCUCUCUCUGCUGGUCACCUGCCUGCAGCUCCGCUGCCAACAGCUCUCCUCGUUCUAUAACCUGCCGUGUGUGAGUGACUUCAUAAUUGACAUUCUGCUGGGCUCACCAAGUGCAGAGAUUCGUCGUGUGGCCUGUGAUCAACUGUACACCCUGAGUCAGUCAGACACGUCUGCAUACCCAGAUCUACAAAAGCCAAACCACUUUCUACUGAAAGUGAUUCUGACUGCUCAGCUCCCGCUGUGGUCUCCCACCAGCAUCAUGAGAGGGGUGAAUCAGAGGUUGCUGUCUCAGUGUACAGAGUACUUUGACCUACGGUGCCAACUGCUCGAUGAUCUGACCACAUCUGAGAUGGACCAGCUGCAGGUCAGUCCAGCGGCGAUGCUGGAAGAUGAGAUCAGCUGGCUGGAUAAUUUUGAGCCCACCUGGACCAACGAGCUGGAGACCAGCGAGGCCGACAACAUCCUGCAGGCAGGCCAUCUGCGUCUCAUAAAGACCCUGCUCUCCCUCUGUGGCAACGAGAAGGAGCAGCUUGGCUCUUCCCUGAUACAGCAGCUCCUGGAUGACUUCCUGUUUCGAGCGUCACGCAUCAUCCUCAACAGCAACAACCCCUCUAGCACUACAGCGCUCAGUAAUGACUUUCACCCAAAGUGUAGCACGGUCAGUAGUCGGUUGGCAGCAUACGAGGUGUUGGUGAUGCUGGCGGAUAGCUCCCUCACCAACCUGCAGCUCAUCACCAGAGAACUGCUGUCCAUGCAUCACCAGCCAGACCCCUCCCUCAGCAAAGAGUUUGAUUACCUGCCCCCUGUUGAUAGUCGCUCAGUGUCUGGUUUUGUGGGGCUGAAGAAUGGUGGGGCGACCUGCUAUAUGAAUGCAGUGUUUCAACAACUGUACAUGCACCCAGGCCUGCCUGAGGCCAUCUUGUCCAUAGAGGACGACGCGGAGAACCCAGAGGAGAGUGUUUUCUGUCAGGUCCAGUCUCUGUUUGGGCACCUGAUGGAGAGCAAGCUGCAGUAUUACGUCCCUGAGAACUUCUGGAAGAUUUUUAAGAUGUGGAAUAAAGAGCUGUAUGUUCGGGAGCAGCAGGACGCCUAUGAGUUCUUCACCAGCCUGGUCGACCAGUUAGACGAACAUUUAAAGAAAAUUGGCCGAGAGCAGAUCUUCAAGAACACCUUCCAGGGCAUUUUCUCCGACCAGAAAAUCUGCAAAGACUGCCCACACAGGUAUGAACGAGAGGAGACAUUUAUGGCUCUGAAUCUUGGCGUGACAUCCUGUCAGAGUCUAGAGAUCUCUCUGGAUCAGUUUGUCAGAGGAGAGGUGCUGGAAGGGAGCAAUGCCUACUACUGUGAGAAAUGCAAGGAGAAGAGGACGACAGUGAAACGUACCUGUAUCAAGUCUCUGCCUAGUGUUCUGGUCAUCCACCUCAUGCGUUUCGGCUUUGACUGGGAAAGCGGACGAUCCAUCAAAUAUGACGAACAGAUAAGGUUCCCCUGGGUGUUGAACAUGGAGCCGUACACAGUGUCUGGGAUGGCUCGACAGGACUCGAGUGCGGACCAUGGAGAGAAUGGCCGGGGGGGUGAGGCCGGGUCAGGAGGGUCACCCCGUAAAAAAGUCACCAUCUCUGAGAACUAUGAGCUGGUGGGAGUAGUGGUUCACAGUGGACAAGCACACGCUGGGCAUUACUACUCCUUCAUUAAAGACAGACGGGGCAGUGCUCGAGGUCGCUGGUAUAAGUUUAAUGACAACGUUGUGGAGGAGUUUGACAUGAACGAUGAAACCUUGGAGUAUGAGUGUUUUGGUGGAGAGUACAGACCAAAAGUCUAUGACCAGUCUAACCCAUACCCAGACGUGCGACGGCGGUACUGGAAUGCCUACAUGCUGUUUUACCAACGCAUCUCGGACCAGAACUCUCCCGUUCUGCCGAAAAAGAGCAGAGUCAGCAUCAUGAGACAGGAGGCUGAGGAUCUCUCCCUAUCGGCUCCUUCUUCUCCUGAGAUCUCCCCCCAGUCUUCCCCACGCCCCCCCAGAGCCACUAACGACCGUCUGACUCUGCUGACUCGGCUAGUCAGGAAAGGGGAAAAGAAAGGCCUUUUUGUGGAGAAGAUGCCCACCAGGAUCUAUCAGAUGGUGAGAGAUGAGAAUCUGAAGUUUAUGAAGAACAGAGAUGUGUACAACAGUGAUUAUUUCAACUUCACCCUGUCCCUGGCAUCUGUCAAUGCGACAAAGCUGAAGCACUCAGACUAUCAGGCCAUGGCUAAGUGCAGUCUUCAGCUGUCUGUCCACUUCCUCUUUCAUACAUACCUGCACACCAAGAAAAAACUCAGGGUGGACACAGAGGAGUGGAUUGCUACAGUAGAGGUAUUGCUGUCCAAGAGCAGUGAGGCAUGUCAGUGGAUGGUCCAGUACCUGGUCGCUCCGGAGGGACGAGAGAUCAUCAAAAUCUGUCUGUUGGAAUGCAGUGUGCGGGAGGUGAGAGUGGUGGUGGCCACCAUCCUGGAGAAGACUCUGGAAAGUGCUCUGUAUUUUCAGGAUGCUGGCUUGGACUGUCUGCUGGACAUGCUCCUCUCUCUGCUAGAGAAAGACGUGCCAGAAAACUGCAAAAACUGCUCUCAGUAUUUCAGCCUUUUCAGCAAUUUUGCCCAGAGGGGCUAUGGGCCAUGUCAGCUGUUACUGAAACAUGCCGCUUAUCGCCGGAUGCUCAUCUUCCUGCUGGGGGCCAAUCGACAGAAUAACCAGAAUCGCCGCUGGAGCUCAGCUCAAGCACGGGAAUUCCUGCAUCUUCAUAAUACGCUGGCCCUGAUUGUGUUGCACACAGACCUCACAUCUCAGAGAACAGAGGCUCCAGGUGGGUUCAAACACCUCACCUCAGGCUUUGUGCCACCUUCAUCUCCUCUGGUGCCCCUGCACCCCGACAUUCUAACUCUGCUUUUCAAACCUGACGGACAGCCCUAUUUAAUGGAGGUGAUGUUUGCCAUGCGAGAGUUGUCUGGACCCCUGUCGUUCCUCAUUGAGAUGAUUACAUACUGCUCAUUCUGUAAUGAGCCCUUCUCACUCGGAGUUCUACAGCUGCUCAAGAAUCAGUUAGAAAUGGCUCCACCCCAUGAACUGAAGAACAUCUUCCAGAUGCUUUUGGAGAUCCUAAUGGUGGAGGACCCCUUGCAGUCCCAGAGACUAAAAUAUGCAUUUGAGUCUGAGAAAGGCCUUCUGGCUUUGAUGCAUCAGAGCAACAACGUGGACAGCAGCCGCUGCUACCAGUGUGUCAAGUUCCUGGUCACCCUGGCACAGAAAUGCGGGCCUGCUAAGGACUACUUUAAAGAGCUGUCUGGCCACUGGAGUUGGGCAGUGCAGUGGCUCCAGAAGAAAAUGUCGGAGCACUAUUGGACUCCUCAGAGUAACGUAUCAAAUGAGACAUCCACAAACAAAACCUUCCAGCGCACCAUCUCAGCCCAGGACACACUGGCCUAUGCCACAGCCCUGCUGAAUGAGAAGGAGCAGUCAGGCAGCAGUAAUGGGUCUGAUGGCAGCCCAGCCAACGAGAAUUCAGAUCGCAGCCUCAGACAGGGUUCAGAAUCUCCCAUGAUGCUGGGUGACUCUAAGAGCGAUUUAGAAGAUGUUGACCCAUAACUCUCCUCACCAGCAACAAGGGGUGUUUUUUUUUUAAAUAAGCAAAGGAAAAAAAGAAAAGAAUCCCUCCAAUGGAGAGACAUUGUGGCUCUACGCAGCCAAUCAAAACAGUUGUAUUUGACCUCCUGUGGGCAAGAGAGAGCAGUAGUUCCAAGAAGCAGAGCAGUGAUACAGCCAGUAAGAUCACUUAUUCUUCAGGUUGCCCUGGUAACAAUAGGGGUUUAAAGACAGGUGAAUGGCUUUUUAUGUGGAUCAAACCAGGUUGAUUUGAAGUUGAGCAGGAUAGGGACUUUGACGUGACUGUGCUCUGUCAAAGCAGAAGAGCCACACACACAAUACUAAAGAGAAUUUUUGUUUUCUUUCACACAAAACUCCAAAAGUGGUGCCGACGGGGCAGUGGUGGGUAUUUUUAAAAAAGAAAAAAAAAAACCUGUUUUGCGGAUAUUGCCAAUGUAACUAGAUAGUGACUAUUCAAAAAAAACAUGUAAAGAUGUGUUCCAUAGCUGUAAUUUCAAAUGUAAAAUAAUAUUUUUAAGCAUACUGUUAAUCUGAUUUGAGUUAAGAGGUGCCUCGUGAUCUACUCUAAGAGGAACUUGCCAAGUCUUGAAAAAAAGUCAAUCACAAAGCUCUUUUUUUCUCCUUGCUGGUAUUUUUUAAAUGCACUUUAUAAUGUAAAUCAUAUUAAAGGUGGGAUUGCUGGCCA